AUGCCCCCUGAGCGAACUUGGGCCGGAUCAAAGCGCCCCCACAAAGGUGGAGGCAAGAGUGCGCCAUGCACUCGGAAGCGUCGGAAAACUGAAAGCCCUGACAAGAGCGGCGAAGAGGUGCCUCCGGAAGUGAAGGCAAUGCUGAAAGCCGUUCAUCAGUUCGGACUCGUAGGCGGCGAGGACUACGACUCCAAGGAGGAGCGUUUACAACAGCUCUUGGAUCGCCUGCCAGCGGAUUCCGGUCCGGCGAUCGUGUUUGCAAACACGGCUUCCCAAGCGCAGGCUGCAUCCGUGGUUGAUCGGAGUCGACGGCAGGCCUUGGCGGCUGCAGCGCGCAGCCGAGCAGGGUGCCGAAAGGCUAUGGAAGCCGCAGUGUCCACAGACGCAGCAGGAGAUGCCCCGCUGAGCGAGAAGCUUGACCCGGAGAUGAGCAGUUGGAUGCACGACUGGGCCUGUGGGCGCUGUACCCUGAUCAACGGCUGGCUCUCCGAGGAGUGCGCUGCCUGUGGGGCCAGGAGGGGAGCGUUUCCCAAAGUUGCGGUUGUCGCGACCGACGACAAGGCAAACAGCCGAACGUUGCCACGGACACCAGGAAGUUGCCAGAUCCUGAUUAACUACGACGUCGCGCGCAGUGCGACCGACUAUUUGCGCCGCUUGGGAGCUUUGGAGCCGCAAGAAGCGAACAAUCCGCGGUUUCCACAUGUCGUUUACACCUUCGUGGAAGACGAGCAGCUACACGGGCGUGCAGCCCAGGAGAUCGUGGCACUGCUGAAGACAGCGCGAGGGUUUGCCGAGCCCUCGAAGAAAGCUGAGAUAGACUCGGCGCUCGGGUUGAUUGACUACAGUGAAGAGGAUGAGGACUGGGAGGAGGAAGAUGACGAAGACUGGGAUGACGAGGAUUGGGAGGAAUGCGAUUGUGCACAUUGCCGCGGAAGCAUCGUGGGAAGCACGUCGUACCAUCCCCUUCUGCCUGUGCCAGGGAUCGAGCACCAGGCGAUGUCUGGCAUCGAGGUGGUCCGACUCCCGCUCAAGGCCCUGGAAGACUUCGACAAGGCUGUGCCCUUCAUUGCUCCAAGGGUGACCGGCCACUCUUGUACCUUAAUUUGCCUGCACUGCCUCAACGUCCACACUCCAUGGGACGGAUGGGAGCAAUUCUUCGCGCCAUCUCAGCUGACAGGCACCAUGCGCGUGGUGCUCGUGUUGGCAGACGGCGUGUCGUGGCACGACUACCCAGACUGUGCACUUCUCGGCGGAGGGGGUUCCGCUUGGAUUGAUAUCCUCGAUAUGGACUCCAUGGACCGCUCUGACAUGCUGCUGGAAAGGCUGGUUGACCAUGAGGCAACGAAUCUUUUCGAGACGACAAGGGAUGUCUUGGUUUGCGAAAUCCCUUCAAGUCUCCGUACUCGCUCCUACGAAGGCCUGACUGCAGGCCACGAGCCUGGAAUGACACGUGCCAAGUGGUCCAAGGCUCAGGGAUCCACACAUACGCAGCCAGGAUGGCUACAGUACUUGGCGAGGGGCUUUGAAGGAAACUUCUACGGUCCGUCAGAUGCCGUGCCGACAAUGCAGCUCAUCCGCCUUCUUCCGGUUCUGGUCCCCUUAGUCCAGGCAGCGACUCUUGCUUCUCAGAUGAAACUCAUCGAGGAGAAGAUGACCAGGCGAAUGAAGCUCACGAAUCCAGAGUCCGCAACCUUGAAGAACAUCGAGUCUUCCAUCCUGGGUAUGGCGCAGACGAGAAUCUCCAAGGAGGAUCAUAAGGCAGAGGCCUCCAAUCUGACGGUAUUCUUGAACGAGAUUUCCGACUUGCUCGAGAAGACCAUGAAGGCAAACAUCUUGCUCCGCAAGAAUCAGACUCAGGAAGACUUGGACGAGGCGUGGGCAAACCUCAGCACCUGCCUUCACCCCAACGAUACAGACUACGAUGCAGGUUUGAAGACGUUGUCCUCACAGCAUUCGCAUUGCCGACUAGAGGAGGAUUCCAUCUGGGCGGACUAUGACACCGCUUGCAUUGUGGCACGACAGCUCUGGGAGAACGAGAAGAAGGCCAUUUGCGAUGCUUAUGAGGCGGCACGGGUAUUUCCCAGUCCCGCCAAGACCUGUGAGAUGUCGGAGGGCACUGCCACCCCGACCAUUGGCAACUACCUUUUAGAAAUGGAGAAGUUUUAUACCGACACAUACAACGCCUUAUUGGACAAGAAGUUGAAGUGUGACAAUGCCACUGCCACACCCUUCAAGAACGAGGACCUUUGCCAUGAGAAGAUCUGCAGCUACUAUGACAAGAAGAUCGCCUGUGACACGAAACAGGCAUCGUUUGAGGACAAGGCCUGCGGCCUGCACAAGAACUACACCUGUCUCAAGUAUACGGAAUGCUACGACGAGAAGGUGCAGCUCUACGGGUCCGUCGUUGCUCUGGCGGAGGAGGGCGAAGCCACCUCCAAGGUCGAAUGGCGGGCCGUCCUUCGGAUCGAGUGCCUGAUAUCGGCACUCCUGCUAGAGGACGGCGAACUGGCGCCUGCCAUCGAUGCUUGUAAGGCAAAGACGUACAGCACCCUGCCUGUUGAAUUAGCCUACCACGGGGCGGCACCAGCAGCCCGAGUGUGUCAAGAGGGUGGGGAUGAUGAUGUUUCCAAUGUUCCCUCGGUAAGCAAUGCGAGGACAAGCACCAGCCACGAGCGGCGGUCGCAUCUCAUGGGCUUGCUAUGCUGCUGGGAAGCUGGCAGCGUGCGACCCGCCAGGGUGGAGGAGCCGUUCGAUGAGGGCAGCGUCGUGCCAAACAUCUCAGCCACUUCGGUUUCGAAAUCAGGUGUCACUACAAGAAACGCCAGUCAAGUCGGCACUCAACCUGCCAACAGGUCUCAAACGUUCUGUGAUCUUGUUCACUACGCAAUUCCGGAGCUGAACAACGUCUCCCUGGUGCCAGACACCGUCGGCGAGGCUUGUGACCUCCUGGGCUUGGAGGCCGCGCAAUGCAGAACCACGCACAGCCUUUGGAGCUGCAUCCCGGAGGAGGGUGCCUGCAAGUGCAAGUGGCGUCCGUUUUGCCACGGUGUGGACGUCGUUCUCAAGGCGGCAGCCGAUCAGCUUGCUUGCCGGCCGAAUCUUGGAUAUGGGACAUGCCAGUGUUGGGCGUUCGGCGAGUGUCCUUCGCAAUCUGGCAGUUGGAAAUGCUCUCGGUCAGUACAGGCCGCGUACACUGCGCAAGAUGAGUGGCAGCUACAUGAGGCCGACUUUCUUAGCUUGAGCUUGGACGGUGGUCGCCUCUCCCGUCGCGAUGCUAGUCAGAAAGAUGCGCGCUCGCUGAAGCUGGAGGAGGACCUUCUCCGUGCUGGCUCCUGCCACUGCAAGCAGGAAACUGUGCAGAUAUCCCUGCCGUUGAGCCCACUGGAAGAGGAAGCGCUGAUGAAGGAUGGACUCCGGCCUUUGUCUUUCCCGCUGCAAAAUGCCACGGCUGCUGGGAUACCCAUCGAAAACAAGAAGUCCGACAAGGAUGACUCCGGGAAGACCAGGCUUGCUCUGACCAUCAACCCGAAGAAGGACCUGAAGGCGCCGUCGAAUCAGCCUACCGACAAGCCGUCAAGGACAAGCUCUGUUGCAUUCGGUUUGGCUAUGCUUGCUGGACCUCCUGUGCAUGGCGGCGAAGUCACGGGAGACAUUCCUGAGCAUUGCGUCAUCACGGACGGAGUUGUCACCUUCAGCAAGCUUCACGUUGCGGUCUUGCUCCUCAUGAUGCUUCCUGUGGCUCUCGUCCUUCUGCUCAUCGUUUGCUGCAACUCGGGGAAUGCGUCGCCCUUGGCAUACGAUCCUGGAGCCAGGCGCUCGUCCUUCGGCGUACCCCGAACGAUGCCGCCGUUGUCGUUGACUCUUCUUCUUGUUUUGCUCAUGGUCCUCAUGAAGAUCAAUGUGACAUCUGUAUUGACCACUGCCCACAUCAUUAUCGACGGCCUGAAGGGCCAGGGUGCGUUUCCGACGGCAUCGAAGUUUGAAUGGGGAAGUUUCCAGAUUCCUUCGGAAGGCUUGGCCUCUGGCGUCCUGCUGGCCUCCGAACCCUUCGGGGGAAUUUUCGGUGUUCUUGUUGUGGGCGCGUACAUGCUGAGGAAGCCGAAAGAGACUGUCCUGGCAUCCUGUGCGAUAGUAUUGAUUUGCAGCAUCGGCUUUCUCCUUGCCCUUCGCAUAUCAAGUCUGCCAUUGAUGAUACUCUUGAGAUUUCUCAGUGGGCUGGCAGAAGGAUCCUUAUACCUGGGCCAUGUAUACUUGGCGCGAUUGAGUGCAACGGAUGCUCGCACAAAGAUCUUCGGCUACUGGGAGCUCGGCACAGCUGCCGGCCUUGUGAGCGGCCCCGCUUUGGCUUCGUUUCUCGCAACAGGUCCGUGGGCGCAGGUUCUGCCGGGGCCAGGGGAGGCGAUGGCCGUGUGCAUUGCCAUGCUCGCGUGCUGUUUGAUGGUAGCCAUCCUCCUCUUCUUCCCCAGCACAUCGGAGUUGUGCGAGGAUGGUGCUGUAGGUGCACGACCACUUUCGGGUGCUGCCCUAACGGACAGAGCUUGGACGGUGCAGCUGACACUGUCCGGCAGCACGAUCGUGCGGCUGCUGCUUCGGCUCGCGUGGGAAGCGGCCGCGGCGAUUGUUUUGGCAACGCACUUCUGCCUUGGACAUAAGAUGUCCGGCUACGGCAUUACUGUCACCUUUGUCCUUUAUAUGGCGGCGCAGAGCAUCUUCGUCAUGUACUGCGAGAAUUUUAGCGAUCACACGUUGAUCCGUUCCUGUGAGUUUCUCGAGAUGAUUGGCCUAGUCCUGAUGUUUCGAGUGCCUUCGGACGUGGAGACCACCCUGAUGGAGGACGUAAUUGGAGCCAGCGCUUUCAUCCGUCUUGCGCAGUUUCUGUUCGGCUCGGCGCUGUUCUAUACUGGUAACUGCUUGACUUCUGCUCCUUUGAGCUCAUGGGCGACGAAAUUUGGCCCCGGGAGCGAAUCGGUGAUGUUCUUUGCACACCUGGCCAUCCAGUGUGGCGUGUUCGCCGGCGGCCUGCUCUCGCGAGUCUUUACAAGCAUGGACCCUCAUCAGAACAUGAUCGUCGCGAUGCUGCUACCGGUAGUCUGCCUGCAGAUCAUGCUCUCCGAGCUUGGCAUCGGAAUAACAUCAGUAUUGGACAAUCGCUCCAGCUGCGAAGAACAGGAGUGA